GCAGGGAGCAGGGCUGGGCUGGGGCGGGGUUAGGCAGGUGAGUGACAGGCUCCGGGGGGCCGGCCCCAGCUGGGAGCCCCGAGCGAGCCGGGAGUAACAGCGGCGGUGCCCGCCCCCUCUCUCCGCCCCUUCAGCGGAGCUGGUCUCCAGCCGGGCACCGUCGCGGGCCCCCCUGGCCCGGCCACCUGGGACUGUGUUGGGGAGUCGGCCACCUCCCUCUCUCUCCUUGCCCGCAAAGUUUGUGGCGAAGCCGGCGCUGGGGUAGAGCGCGCCGCAGGGGGGAGAUCGGGAAGCGUCCGAUGCCGGGCGGCCGGAGCCGUUGACCUGGGACGCCGCCAUCCGGGGCAGGACCGCGGAGCAGCGGACCAUCCCGUCGCCUUCGGUGCAUGGGGCCCGGCUGAAGAGCCAGCAUGGGCAACUGUGUGGGGAGACAGCGCCGGGAGAGGCCGACCGCCCCGGGACACCCCCGCAAGCGAGCAGGACGCAAUGAGCCCCUGAAGAAGGAGCGGCUGAAGUGGAAGAGCGACUAUCCGAUGACCGACGGGCAGCUGCGGAGCAAGCGGGAUGAGUUCUGGGACACGGCGCCCGCCUUUGAGGGCCGCAAGGAGAUCUGGGACGCCCUCAAGGCUGCCGCCUACGCGGCGGAGGCCAAUGACCACGAGCUGGCCCAGGCCAUCCUGGACGGAGCCAGCAUCACCCUGCCUCACGGCACGCUCUGUGAAUGCUACGAUGAGCUGGGCAAUCGCUACCAGCUACCCAUCUACUGCCUCUCGCCGCCUGUGAACCUGCUGCUGGAACACACCGAGGAGGAGAGCCCGGAGCCCCCCGAGCCCACCCCCAGUGCGCGCCGAGAGUUCCCGCUGAAGGUGCGCCUCUCCACGGGCAAGGACGUGAGGCUCAGCGCCAGCCUGCCUGACACGGUGGGGCAGCUCAAGAGGCAGCUGCACACCCAGGAGGGCAUCGAGCCAUCCUGGCAGCGAUGGUUCUUCUCCGGAAAGCUGCUCACAGACCGCACGCGGCUCCAGGAAACCAAGAUCCAGAAGGAUUUUGUCAUCCAGGUCAUCAUCAACCAGCCCCCGCCGCCCCAGGACUGAGGUGACCACGGACCCCUGGGCAGAGAGGCCGAGGAGGGUCUCCGCAGGGCUGAGAGGCCUUCCGGCUGGAGCACUGGAUGCCCCCACCCUGCCGCUGCCUUGGAGAGCUGUUCUUUUCUUUGGAGGCAUCUCCCCAAAUAUGGCUGCUGGGCGAGCCCUGAGGGGACCCUGCUUCCCGGGGCCACCAGUGCCCAGCACCCAGGAAACAGUGUGCUGCCACACACAGGCCUUGCCACCCUUGUCAGAGAAGAGGCAAACCAGGGCCCUCCAAGCCUGCCUCUCCCCUGCGGCAGGUUCGAGCCACAAGGGCCAGCCCGGAGGCCCCCGGAGUCCAGAUCUGUCAUUGGGUGCUGCCGGCUGUGCCCACUCCGUUUUUCUGCUCAGGGUCUGAAGCAGCUGCUGUUUCCCUCCUCUGUCCCCACCCCCUGACUCUGCCCUAGGCACAGUGCCAGUCCCCCAGAGGGGAAGGGGACUCAUGAGCCCCAGGGGCGGGGAGCCUGAGGCCGGCCUCUGCCUCUCCCAGCCCCCAGCACAAUAGGCAGAGAUGCGGCACUGGCGGGGUGGCUGGGCUGUUGUGGCAGGGGUCUGCGCAGGGCCGUCCCCUGGCUCUAGCCCUGGUAGCGGUGGCAGGGGAGGGGGGCCCUGCAGCCUGGCAGUGGCCCCACAGCAGGUCCCUGUGUACAGACAUAUCUGCAUAUUUAUCAAUAAAGCCUUUUUGCUCCUU